UGCGGUGGACAGUAAACAGAGGGAGGGGAGAGUGUCCGGACGCGUGAGAGGGUCCAGCCGGUGAAAAGCAAGACGAAGUUGAACCCGAGCACACCUCAAACUCCGCAGACCUUUGAGAUGCUCACAAACCACCUGACAGGUGAUUUUCAGCAUCCAGACAAACCAGUGUGUUAGGACGCACCCCUCACAUCAUCAUUGGGCAGCCCAUGCACACGCACGACACCAUGGGUAGCUCCCCCGAGGUGCUGUCCUGGACUUCCUGCCCCAGUUUGCUGGUGGGUAAGCUGAAGGAGGAGCUCAAACUCACUGUGGUCGGGGACGCCAUGAAGAAAUCCAACCAGCCCAACUCCCAACCCCAGCCUCCUCAGGCCCCUCCCUCUAACCUACCUCCUCAGAUCAUCACAGACCUGGCCCCACCAACACACCUGCCUGUCCCCCUGCAGACGCUGCAGACACCCGGCCAUGACGAGGACUCCAUGCUGGGGGGUGUAAGCCCCCCAAACACGGCGCUGAGUGUGGACUCCAUGCGGGGCGAGGGUGGGCACUUCGACAACAGUGUGCUUCAGCUGCAGGAGCAGGACCAGGAAGAAGCUGUGUCGCCGGCAUCCUGUGAGCAUGGUGGGUGUGGUAGUGGGAUGGAGGAGCAGAUGGUAGAGGGGGACUGUCCCAUGGACCAUAGUGGAGAGGGGAGACAGAGCCACCCACAUCACCCUGAUGACAUCAAGCUGCACUUCCAGAGAGCAGGGCCUGGGUCAGGGGGCUUCUUAGAAGGGCUGUUUGGCUGUCUGCGGCCGGUCUGGAACAUUAUAGGGAAGACGUAUUCGACGGAAUACAAGCUACAACAGCAAGACAUGUGGGAGGUUCCGUUUGAAGAGAUUUCUGAGCUGCAGUGGCUCGGCAGCGGCGCACAGGGAGCUGUCUUCCUGGGCAAAUUCCUCUCUGAGGAGGUGGCCAUCAAGAAGGUGCGCGAGCAGAAGGAGACGGACAUUAAACACCUACGGAAGCUCAAGCAUCCCAACAUCAUCAGCUUUAAGGGUGUUUGCACUCAGGCACCGUGCUACUGCAUCAUCAUGGAGUACUGUGCCCAGGGCCAGCUGUACGAGGUGCUGAGGGCGGGAAGGAAAGUGACCCCCAGGCUGCUGGUGGACUGGGCCUCAGGCAUCGCCAGCGGCAUGAACUACCUACACCUGCACAAGAUCAUCCACAGAGAUCUCAAGUCUCCCAAUGUUUUAGUCACCCACAACGACACUGUGAAAAUAUCUGACUUCGGAACGUCCAAAGAGCUCAGUGACAAAAGUACAAAGAUGUCAUUUGCGGGUACUGUGGCCUGGAUGGCCCCAGAGGUGAUCCGAAAUGAGCCUGUGUCUGAGAAGGUCGACAUUUGGUCAUUCGGAGUUGUGUUGUGGGAGCUGCUGACUGGUGAGAUUCCCUACAAAGAUGUUGACUCCUCUGCCAUCAUUUGGGGAGUUGGCAGCAACAGUCUUCACCUUCCUGUCCCCUCCACCUGCCCAGAUGGCUUCAAAAUCCUCAUGAAACAAACAUGGCAAGGUAAGCCCAGGAAUCGGCCUUCGUUUCGUCAGAUUCUCCUGCACCUUGACAUCGCCUCUGCUGAUGUCCUCGGCGCUCCUCAGGAGACCUACUUCAAGUCUCAGUCCGAAUGGAGGGAGGAAGUGAAGAAACAUUUUGAGAAGAUCAAAAGUGAAGGAACCUGCAUCCACAGACUGGACGAGGAGCUGAUCCGGCGCCGCAGAGAUGAACUCAGACACGCACUGGACAUCCGGGAGCAUUAUGAGAGGAAACUGGAGAGAGCCAACAACCUCUACAUGGAGCUCAGUGCCAUCAUGCUGCAGCUGGAGGUCCGGGAGAAGGAACUAAUGAAGAGAGAGCAGGCAGUGGAGAAAAAAUAUCCCGGGACCUACAAGAGGCAUUUGGUCCGACCCAUCGUCAGGUCCAACGCUGUAGAGAAGCUCAUCAAGAAGAAAGGAAGCAUCUCCCACAAACCUGGGGUUCCCCCCACCAAAAGGCCAGACUUGCUUCGUUCUGAUGGCAUCCCCAGUGUUGACCCUCUUCCCUCCCCCUCACCACUGUCUGCUAGCCCGAAGGUCUCCACACCUCCCGGUAAAGCCCGUUACCGGAGCAAACCUCGUCACCGCCGCGCCAAUAGCAAAGGAAGCCACAGCGAGUUCCCCGGCGUGCUGAGGCCUGUUGCUGGGGCCCCGGAAGACAGCCGGUCUCUCCAGGCGCAGCCGUUUCACCACCUCCACCACCACCAACCAAAUAAGGGUCCCUUACUUCCCUUGAAGGGCCGCGAGGAGGCUGUUGUCAACUGUGCCAACAACCUGCGUUACUUCGGCCCUGCCGCUGCCCUCCGCAGCCCUCAGACGGACCACCUGCAGCGUCUUGUUUCUGGUUCAGGCCCCGACCUCAUUUCCACUACUAUAGAUGCAGACACCCGACAACAGACUCCAUCCACUGGCUCAAAUCCUGUCUCAGGUGCUACCGCCAGUUCUUUGUGCCCCUGCUGCCAGGCACACCCCUUCCCUGGCUGCCUGCACUGUCAGGAGACGACGCCUGCGUCCAGCAACCCAGAGCUCCCCAACUACUCGCUGCUCGGCACCCAAGAAGGGGCCCGGUCUUCUUUAGGUGCGCCCAGCAAGGAUCCAGCCUCGGAAAGAGAGGGCUCAAAGAAGGUUGAGCUACAGGAACAGGAGGCAUCCCAACACACACACACCCUGCCCACUGCACUGCCACACACCCUCAGACCACUCAGGAAGGGUGGAGAUGAGUCAUCUGAAGAGGAAGAGGGAGAGGUGGACAGUGAAGUGGAGUUUCCAAGGAGACCGAGGCCUCAUCGCUGUAUGAGCAGCUUCCAGUCCUACUCCACCUUCAGCUCAGAGAACCUGUCUGUGUCCGACGGAGAGGAGGGAAACACCAGCGACCACUCCCACAGCGGACCCCUGGAGAGGAUGAGCGCCAGUCAGGAGGAGCACCUGGACGAGCUGCUGUCGCACACACCGGACAUCCCCAUCGACAUCUCCACCCAGUCAGACGGCCUCUCUGACAAGGAGUGCGCUGUCCGCAGGGUCAAGACACAGAUCUCCUUGGGAAAACUGUGCUCAGAUGAACACAGCUACGAGAAUCCGCUGCAGUUUGGAGACUCAGACUGCGAUUCGUCAGAAGCAGAGUGCUCCGACGCCACCAUCAGGAACAACAAAGUCGGGGCUCCUUCCUCUUGGUGAAACACGCCCCGGGGGCUCCGUUCAGUUAUUUGCCUGGAGACCGUCGUGUCCCACUCUGCCCCUAGGAAAAUACAGCAAUAAGAGGACGACCUUGUAAACAUAGCUCCCUAUAGCAAAGCAACCUCUCCCAGAGCCUCCCCCAAACCCUUCCCUUCAUGAGCCCCACUCCUUCUCCUCAUCUCUAGCACAGCAUCCAGGCAACCCAUGGCAGGGAUUCCCUUUUGAAUGAUAAUGUACAGCAGAUAGUGUAACAUUCAUAAUUUAUUUUUGUCAUAGUUUUGAAGGAAAAUUCAGGACCUCUGCAAGUUCUCUGAUCCGAACAGAGAAAUAAAACUGACAUUUUGAAACAUGAGCUGACUGUUUGUGAGGGUGAGACUGGAUGAAGAUGCAGGUGAUGAUGAUGAGAAGGAUUAUGUUCUGAUCCAUCUGAGGCUGACGGUUGUGGGACGUUACAUCACCGCGAUAGUCGGUCUCUACACGUCUUUACACGUCUUUUGAUGUGGCCGCAGUUGCUCUCAGCAUCUUACUGCUUUAGACCCCAAACCAACCAACCGAGUCCUCUCUCGUACAACAGUCCAACUUACCUGCUUCAUUAUGACUUUACUGUGCAGAGCCCCAGUGCCCUCUUCCAUCCUGUACCCAACGAGGGAACAGGGGCUCAUGGAAAAAAGCGUGAACACCAGCAUGAAACAACCUGCCUCGCAAAUGGGACUUCCUCCUCCUCCUCCUUUUCUCUAGAAACAACCAUUUGUGCAGACCCACCACCUGCUGAACAGUCCAAGCAUGUCCGUGCAGCUCGCUAAAGGCAAAAAGCUGCCAGAAGACUGCAUGACGUGGACGAGCUAGCAGGGCAGUAGAGAUGAAGACAAAAAAAAAAGAAAAAGAGAUUCUUCAUCUCUGCCCCUGCUCAUCCCUCUCUCUAAGACACGCCAUCGUCAUCAUCAUCAAUCAGAUGUCCUGACCAGAGCAAUGGGAGCGAUAUCAGUGUUUGUGCGUGGGUUCACGAAGCCCUCUCCUCUCCAUUAGUCAUCACAGUUUCAAGUCUCAUCUCAGGAUCAUUCGAGGACUUUGAGAAACCAGACUGGACCAAUUGUUGUACGUAGGAAUGUUCUUCGAGCGGCACAUUUAAUGGACCAUGCAGGAAUAUUAAAAAUAACAGUCUUACAGAUAGCCUUGAUGUUCAACUCUAUAUUGCUGGACAUUAAUGUUACGUAGACAUGUGGUGUUCUAGUCGCAAUCCAGGUGCAGUAUCCCAUUUAUUGAAAAUCAAGAGGUGCAGCGUAGCAGGAUUAUUCACACCAUCGUAUGGAUCUGAGUCUGAAAAAGGCAAAAAAAAAAAUUCUGUGCUGUGCUGACUAAAACAGCAAUAACACAAGUUGGUGCUCAGGUGAGAAAAAGACGUUGCUAGCUCAGGGUUUGGGGCGUCUAGCUGGCUAGACACAACACAGUGGCUGUUGGCUAGAAGAGAGCAGCGUGUGUCAAACUGUUUAUUAUAGAUGGUAUAUUUUUAGAUUGUCCCAUUUUUUGUGAACUCACCUCUACAGGGCUCAAUGCUCAGGUUUUAUGUUGGAAGUAGAGAGCAGGAGCGAUGCAUCGACAGUCACUAGAUGGCAAAACUUGCAAUGACCUAGUUUGCCUUGUGUUAUGGCUUUUCAUUCCUUUUUUCCACACAAGGUUAUUUCAUAUUACGUUUUUCGUGCGGUUGCUAUUGAAAAGGGAUACUGCAUCUGCGAGAGCUAUAUUUUUUAGCCCCGUCUGAGUGUUUGUCAUUCACCCUAAUGAUUUUGCUCGUAGAAAAAUAGCCAGCCAGGGUUGAAUUUAAGCGAUAACGAUGUCAAGAAUGCUCAAGUGUAUACUGACAGCUGAGAUUCUACUUAAGGAAUAUAAGCCAGAGACAAGGCCACAGAGCAAUGAAAGCUGCUCUUGGUUUUCAGCGACCUCAUCUCAGUAUUAUUGUAUAUAAACACCUAAAUGUAAGUGUAACGUGACCUGUUCUUCGUCCUCUCUCUCUUCAACGUAUAUCGCACAGCUCGGACCGAGCCUGACGUCGACGACCAGCAGAGUGGUAUAAAAUCAGCAGGAAGUUCUUUAAUCUGUAUCACAUCAGUAUUGAGCACUGCGGGAGGGGGGGCAUACAAACCGAGUAGCACAAGGUGAAUCUUAACCUGUACUGAUGGAUAAAUGAGCUUUUUGUGCGUGAAAAGCUUGGUAAAGGCUCACCCCUGGUACUGAGAACAGCUGCUGCCUUUCCUCAAGCCUCCUUUAACCUUCUUCAUCCUGUUUACGUUUGUGUGAAAUAACCUAGUGUGAUGUAAUGACUGGGUAAAUCUGAUCAAGCUGUUAAUAACGUUGUCUUUUUGGCAUAUAUCCUGUGAAGUAUGAUUGUUGUAAAAGUUUAAUUUAAUUUUGAUUCUUUUUUUUGUAGCUGGCCUACGUGAUUAUUGAUUUAAUUUAUUAAGAAUGCCUGGUAAGGUGCAUUGUUCUUUUUAUUUCCAGGCAGCUUUAGAAAUUUUGUGACCUAUGAUUUCUCCUGAAAAGUAUUAUUUAAAGGAAGCACAAUGAAUUGGUGUGGGAAGAGGACAGUAUUUGUAUGCGAGAACAAAAGCAUUGUCAUAUCAUCGACUCUGCAGGGGACCAUUCAUCAUUUACAUCCUCGCUGCGGACGAAGUAUUGAUUAUACAGACUUUACUUUAUCAGUAAUUAGUAACACCAAGUGUUCCUAAAUCUUUUUUUUUUUUUUAUCUCGGUAUAGCUUCUAUGGAAUUUCCUGUUUCCAACCAAAAAGUCAGUCAAGUGACUGUCACAGCAGCAGAAAUGACACUUUAAACCUGGAGGCACGAGUUCUGGCUAUUACCAAACUUCUGCAUUGAUUCCCUUCCUCUCAUUUUUAGUCAAAAGUACCUGUUACUUACAUCUGAAUUUCAGUGCAACUGUCUCUAACUGUGGACAUCAUGUCGCCUCAUCCCAUGCACCAAGCAUCUGUUCCUUUGUUGUUAUCAUUUCUUACUCCCCCCCCAUCCUGUUAAAUGGCAUUACGAUCAACCAUCCUGUCCGUUUCCUGUAUUAUCCAGUGUACAGUGCAACGGGUAUCUGGGAGAAUAAAAUCAGAGCAAACAACUGCAUGGAAUAAAUGCUGAUGUACUGUAC